AUGUGGACCCUAUUAUUUAUUAUCGGCGUGGCUUCUGUAAGUGCGCAAGGUCAAGGUCAACAACAAUUUAACUCUCCUUGCCUGGCUUCUUUCGAUCAAUUAUUCCGGAAAUGUUUUAUGGACAAUGGAAACUUUCAGUUGGACGUCAUUUUCUCUCUUAUCACCAAUGGCACCAGUGGACCUCUCCCGCAAGGCACCAACAGGGCCACUUUGCUUCCUAGAUUAUGCUCGUCUAGGGCAAAUGCUGACGCAUGUGUAAAGCCACUUCCGGAAUUGAAUGCAAAACAGCAGCAAUGUACAGACAGAGAGAAGCUCAUGAUGGAUUCUACUAUCCAGUCGACUGGUCGUGCUGUUUCCUCACUUUGCGGAAUAGAGCCUGAGAUGCCUGCCUGUCUAGGCAAAUUCGAUACGCGAUUUAAGUCAUGUAUGACCUCCAACCAGAUUAACCAAGAUUUUUUCUUCAAAUUACUCGGAAACACCACGGAAGGUCUUCAGAUGACAUACGACCAGCUCAGAAACGUAACUUGUGUCCUUCAGACACAGAAGACAAUUGUCAAUUGCGCAUCCACAUCUCUGCAGCAGCUGAAUGGCGAGUGUACACAACAGGAACAGUACAUGGUCGGACAGACUUUACAGAACAUGAUGACUUCUUACCAGUCCGUGUGUGCCGGACGUCCUCUUAGGCCACCAGGACCACCACCUCCACCCAAAUGUCUUCUGGAUUUCGAGCAAGAUUUAGACAAAUGUGCUAAGGACUCGACUACUCUUUCCAUGGCCGACCUUAUGAUGGUUCUGACCCAGGGCACAGUACCUGCGGGCAAAGAUUCCAACCAAUUGAACGCAACUAUUUGCAAAAAUCAUAAGGCUUUUGAGAACUGUGGAAAAGAAGCUGUAAAAAAAUCCACCUGUAAAGGCCGAGAUUUGCUCAUCACCGAGGGCACAUUUGCCAAUAUCUUCAUCACCAUUGGCGCCUACUGUCAUGAUACUUCCAUGCCCGGAGCAUGUAUGCUGACUCUCCAGUCCCAAUUCGGCAAAUGUUUCAAGCAGGUCGGUCUGGAUGAAUCCCAAUAUGUUGGCAACGUCACUGCCCAUAAGGGGGCACUCAUCGGCACAACGAGAGAAGCUGCACAGACCUAUUGCGGCAAGCGAAAAGAUUUGUAUGCCUGUAUGAAAAAAGUCAUGCAUCGUUGCCCUGGAGCUGAACAGACAAUGACUUUAACUGGUUUCGACAUCGCUUCUAUGGAGAGAGCUGUGAACGUGCUGUGUAAUGAUAUUGACGAAUACCUAAUUGGUUUGGAUUGUUUCGCUAAACCCACUUCUGAUUCCGUCAAGUGCAUGUCUGAUAUGGGCAACGCAAUCACGUCUCUCUCACAACGGGAAAUGUCACGUGGCCUUUCAAUUAACAACUUCUUCAACACAUUUUGCGAUAUCCGUGUAAAACAUGUCCAAUGUGACAUCAAUGCUUGGACCACAUGCGACCCCAAGGCUAUUGACUUGAAGAGGAAAUUCGAAUGUCACCUCAUCCCUACUAAAUGUCACCAGAUUAAUUCAAAAGAUGUCGACGAAAUUUGUCCUCUUGCUUCACAAGUAAAACCUCAUCUCUGUGUUGACGAUAUGAAGACCGGUAUCAGAAACUGUAUUUCGAAAUAUAAUCUUGAUCCGGAUGUUUUCCUGGUAAAUGUGACCCACGAUCGCAGCAAAAUAAUUGGUGAUCCUUCCAACGCCAGAAAGUUGUGUCGGGAAAAGGCUCAGGUAUACCAAUGCAUGCACAACACUUUGGAUAAAUGCGCAGGCGCAGUUGAGCUUCUAGAACACUGGGGUCACCAACAAGAUAAAGUACAGACCGGAAUCGAUCUACUUUGUGAUAAUCUCGAUGGUUACAUCGCUGGUAUCGAUUGUUCGGAAGAAUCUGAAGCCUCAGUCAGAACUUGCAUCAGUAACUCAGAAAAUAGCAUGGCACAGUUAAUGUCAAGAUACGAAGCAGAGGGCAGUAUGAAAGAUGCCGCUUUCUUCAAAAAAUUCUGCACAAUUAAGAUGGAACAUCUCCAGUGUGACCUUAACGCCAUGAAGUCGAAAUGCUCUAAAGGAGUGAUGGGCCUGAAGACAGAAUUUGAGUGUUCUCUUGUUCAGGACCGAUGUGUCGGAAUGCAGAGGAACAGUGUAGCUGCCGUCUGUAAUGAAAACAAUUAUGCCAGAGCCGAAAGACAAACGCUGACUGCCGGACCCACAGGGAGUUCCAAUGAUUCGAAUGGUUCCACCGCAACGUCCACGGUUUCCUAUAUAAGUGCUGUAGUUGCUGCUUUGGGAAGUGUUGUGUUGUCAUUGCUGUGA